GGCGGGCGCGCGUCGCUUCCUGGCGGCCGCAGUGAUUCCGGGUCGCCGCUGCCUGGAGACGGCGCUGCUGCGCGGGGCCGCGCUCCGGUUAUAAAGAGACUGGAGAAACCUGCACGUUGUCAUCCCAGGAGGAGAGAGUGUCUGAGCUGUACUUGUGGCUCUCGUACUGCUUCUGACAGGGUAGUCUCUUCAUCAGAGAAACUGGGGGCUACAGAACAUUCCUGCUACAUUAUGUCGGGAGACAGUGAUUGCACCAGGACAAGCCCAUCAACAGGGUCACCGUCAGACAUUGAGUUCUUGCCAGAUCGUCGAAAGUAUGUGUGCUCACUAUCUCCUGAUCUCAUUACCAAAGCCCGGGAAGAGCUCCAAGAGAAACCUGAAUGGAGGCUUCGUGAUGUGCAAGCGCUCCGAGACAUGGUGUGUAAAGACUAUCCUUCCCUGGGGACCUGCCUGGACGAUGCUUUUUUGUUAAGAUUCCUCAGAGCCAGGAAAUUUGAUUAUGAUCGAGCACUUCAGCUUCUGGUGAACUACCACACCUGCAGGAGGAGUUGGCCUGAGGUCUUCAACAAUUUGAAGCCUUCUGCAAUAAAGCCUGUGCUAGAGUCUGGUUUUGUCACUGUGUUGCCUCACUUGGACCCAGAGGGACGCCACGUUGUCUGCAUCCGUCCAGACAGAUGGACACCCAGUAAUUAUCCGAUUACUGAGAACAUUCGUGCCAUAUACUUAACGUUAGAAAAACUCAUUCAGUCCGAAGAGACCCAGGUGAAUGGAAUUGUAAUCCUGGCAGACUACAAAGGAGUCAGCUUAUCUAAGGCGUCUCAUUUUGGUCCUUUUGUAGCCAAAAAAGUGAUUGGAAUUCUUCAGGAUGGAUUCCCUAUUCGAAUAAAAGCUGUUAACAUAAUAAAUGAGCCUCGUAUAUUCAAAGGCAUUUUUGCAAUCAUCAAGCCUUUUCUGAAGGAAAAGAUAGCAAACCGGUUUUUCCUUCAUGGCUGUGACCUGAAUUCCCUUCAUCAAAACAUUCCUCCAGUGAUCCUUCCUGAAGAGUAUGGUGGUACUUCAGGGAAGCUGGACAUCUCGGCAUGGAAUGAGUUGCUGCUAGCCUCUGAAGAGGAUUUUCUACAUGAUUUCUCACAGCUGGUUCUCCCAUGUGACAGCUCUCCCCAUGACAUGCUAGUGAGUGGGGAUGCUGAUGAAAAGCAAUGUGAUGAUUCUCUGCGAGGCAUGAAACCUCAACUCUAUUACUGUUAUUAACCAGCCAGUAAAGGGAAGCUUCCCAGCACAGUUAAGACCUCUUGUACUCUGAUAAGUGAUGUUGUGAACUCUGCCUUACUCAUAAACCUGCAGUUUAGGAACAGACUGCUGAGGCACUUUACACUGUAGAACCAAAGGAAGCUGAAGAGGGCACAAUGGGGGCAAGGCAGAGUUUGCGGAGGAUAAAGGCAAAGAGCACAUAGCUGCCAAGUUAUCUAGACUAUUUAAGGUUCAUAACCUCUGUGUGAAUGAUGCAAACUGGCAUAUUCCUCCUAUUGGUAAAGACAAAAAUAUACUGCAGUAGGAUAAACUUGAUAGUUUCUCCACUCCCAUCUCCCCUCACCUCCAGGUGAAAAGUGACAACAAUGAUUUACUAGCUUGGUGAUCAUCCCAUCCCUUCCCUUCCCCUUCUGAAAACACUGCUAAUCCAAGACAAGAAAACUGCUUUUGCACCUUGCAAAACAUAGUUCUGUCACUGGAGGUUGCUUAAAAAAAUCAAGUCUGUGCUCUGUCACUUGGUCCAGAUUGUGAACUGGCUUUUCAGGAAUAUCCAAGAUGAAUUUUGGUUCACACUAAUACAGAGUAAAACUUUCUCAUCCAUGAACGUCAGUAUGGAGAUUUUUCUAUGAUACUUCCUCACAGUAGGAAGAAUUAGACCUGGUGGACUAAUUAUUGCAACAUUUAUAUCAAAGCUUAUUAUAAACAGAUGCAAUCUCCAUUUUCAGAAAAGAGCAAGUUUUUCAGGUCGGGCAGUAAGGCUUUUUGAUUAGAUAGAGUUUCAGGUUCUGAGGUUCAGGACCAAAUGAUAAAGAGCUAUGUCAGUCACCUCACAUUAUCAGUUGCUCUUUACUUCAGCUGGUUGUGAAAAGGAACUCAAUAGGCUUUGUAGCAGCUGGCAUAUAAUGUAUAGAAGGCAAUAUUUCAUAUAAGAAAGCAAGGUGCUUCUUUAGCUGUGUUACUUUGGCAGAAUUUGAAUUCAAGUCUUUGUGAAACCAAAUGCAGACAGGGUAUUUGAAAGCACAUUCAUAGAUUUCCUGACAUGGUAGCAUUUUGUUUGCUGUGCUUGUCUGCUCUUUUGUGAAAUGUUACAACUUUGGUUUCAGCUUUGUUGACCUCUUUUGUCUUUGGUUGUUAUACUCCUGUAUGAAGUUAGACUUCAACCACCUCUGUAAUAUUUACCCAUAGCUUGUGUGCCUGUGCUUUUAGGUCCUUGUCUAGAGCCAGAACCAAGACUACAAUAUGAAAUCAGGAUAAGAUACCCUAUGUCUGAAUAAGCUGUUCCCACUUCCCAAGAUCAUUCUGUUUAAUAGUCUUGAAUUAGAAAUUAACUCUCAGCAUACUCUUUGCACAUAUUUUUCUGCACUAAACUAGUGCAGAGGUGGGAAACCUCACUAGGAAAGAAGAAAAGCACACCCAACUAUAUCAAGGUGAAAUAUUUCACUAUUUGGUGAAAAAGAACAACCCUUCCAAUUGGAAACCUCAUCUCUAGAGCACUUUUUCUGGCUGAAAUCUUUAUUUAGUGCCAAGUAUGAUAUAGAUACCAGUUAUGUUCUGUAAAUGCAAAGCUAUAACAUCUUGAGGACUUGAGACAUUCAUCUUUCAAAGUGCCAAACUGUUUUGAAUGUCUUUUUUCCUCUCAGUCCCCCUAAAGCAUGAUUAUGUUGCCAAAAAAAAAACCCUCUACCACCAUAGUAAUGACUUCCUGACCUGGCAGCAGACCUCAUUCUGGAACAGGGGGAUGGCAGAUGCCAGGCUUGUCAUCCAAGCAUUAUUAAAAGGAAACUGGGUUUUGAAAAGGAAGCAAGCAUGAAGCUUUUUCCUAGAUGGCAGUUCAUAGUUUUAAUGGAAGCAAGGAACCCAUCACUUCAACUGUUUUAGAACAUGGGUAGGAAGAAGGAAAUUUUCCUCACUUUAGGCAUCUGAUUUUUCCUACCUUUAUAAGUCAAGUAUUACUCUUUGACAACUCUAACCUUAAGUGCAGAAAAAAAACCAUAUCACUUUCUACCACUCAGGAUAAGGCAGAAAGGCACUGCUAGCCACUUCCUCCUCAUUUCUGACCAGAAUCUGCUGCAUGUUUUGCAGAGAUCAGUUCAGUUUGUGCCAUCUAGCAAGACAUUAGCACAAAGCACCAGGAUUUAAGAAAGGUAAGUGGCCACCCAGGCUGUUUAACUGCCAGAACAGAGAAACUGAUGUUUAUAUUGCUUGAGUGCCUAUUAAUUCCAGCCACUGUGUACAAUUAAAAAAAUUAGGAUGGAACAUUUUUCCUAGAGGUGAAGGUGUGACUGGUAUUUGGUACUCCAUUAAUUUUGCUGCAGGGUUUGAAGUGGUGGUAUUUUGACAGCUCACCUAUAAGUACAGCUACUUUGACCCGCUCCAGGUAACUACUACUAGAGAGGAAGGUUGAAUAUUCAAAAUUCAAUUUAGAAUCUUUAACAAAAGAAAUGCACAGGUGUUUAGUAGAAGGCUGCACCUGAGAAAUAUCUACAGAAACCAGGCCUCUGGGCCUUUUUUCAGGCUUUUACAUUCUUUUCCAUGCCUGAAGUGAUAGGCAAACUAAUCUAUCUACCCCACUUUCUCUCCUGCUCACAGAGAAACUAAAUCAGUUGCUUUAUUCUUAAACAGAAUAGAUAAGUGGACAUUAUUCAAGUUGAAAAUAGCCUGUGUGACCUCCAGAACAUCUUGUUCCUAAAGCUAGAUGCUUUGCAGUUGAUAUCAGGAUGCUGGAACUAAGCCACAUUUACCUGUCUCAACAAUUUAAAUAUUAUGUCUAGAUUUGCCCUUUUUGGCUUUAAAACUUAAGUAGACAAAGCAGCAUCCUCAUUCAGCUGUCUCCCUCACCCUUUCUAGGUUUUUUAACUGGUGCUUAGCUUGUCUUACAGAAAGCACAGCUCUGUCUUACAUGCACCUGACUACUGAGCUGAAAGUGCUCUUUGAGCUUUAGUACUUACUAGCAAAGAAAUGAGUUUUGUCCCCAAAUUUCUCAUGUCAACAUUUGGAAAAUAAAAACUUGCUUUAGGUAGAGUCUCCUUAUCUGCAGGUUAAGAGAUUAGAUAGGAAAAGCUGUUUAGCUUACAGCCUUUUUUUUUUUUUUUCCACAGCACUAAAACUGAUGUGAUUUUUUUUCCCCACUUGAAGAAACUUUAACUGUUUCCAGAGGUUAUAAGCUUUGCCUAGUACCUAAGCCAUUCCUGCCAAAUUCAACACAUAAGGGAAGGUACUCAAACUUCAUUGGGCAGCCAUGGCUUUUGGCAUUAAAUGGGACAAAACUUAGCUGCAUAUUGUAAAUACAAGUACUUGAAUUUAUACUAUCACAAAUGGGUGUUACAAACCCUGAGGUAUUUUCAAGAGUGGGUGAUUUUUUUUUUUGUUUGUUUUAAAUCUCAUUUUGGCAUGAGUUAAUCAUAGUGUUGUUCAAGCUAAUAAUUUUGCCUUCUGUUGUAUGUGGGCCUAAAGGUGUUGGGUUAAGUGUACAUCUUAUUUUGACAAAAUUUAUUUUUAUAUUGCAUUUUAUAAAAUAGAGUGGUCAAAGUGUGUAAUUUUAUGAUGCAUGAUUAAUUAAACACACUAUUGUAACA